UGUAUCUUCUGUCAAUUUUCAAAAUGAUAUUAGGUCUAUGAUUUGAUAUGAAGUCUAUGAUGGCCAGCCAUAUAAAUAUUUUCAUUUGUUUGUAAACAAUCGAAGUUCGAGUGAUUCAAAAUAUUCGAAGUUUGACUGGAAUUUUUUGACUCGGAAGUGACAAUAAACGAAUAGAAAAGUAUGAAUAACGAGGUUGUGCAAUUCUAUCAGAAAGCUAUAAUAGAUAGUGGUCUUGUACUUGAUGAAGAUUUGAUCUUCAUACGAUCGGUGGAAUGUAAAGUGAGCAAGAGUAAGGCUGAUAUUAGCCGAAACAUCAUCAUACUGGCUACAGCCUUAGGAACAACUUAUUACGCUAUGAAAACAGGAGAUGUUGGUGUAACAGUUCUUAAUCUACCAGCUGCCUUCUCAUUUCUAAUGUCAUGUUAUUACUCAAGAAGAUCUAAAAACCAAAAAGAUCUCAUUUCUCAUCUGUUGACUGAAUUUAAGAACCUAUCAAGAAUUCAUUCAGAGGUGAAUGAAUUUCUGAAACGAUUCAAUUUUUCGAUGAAUUCUUCGAAAAAUACUUUUAUAAAAAUGUCUGAAGAUACGAUAACUGGUCUUUCUAAAUAUUCUUGUGAUAUUCAAGCCUCUAUAACUAAAAUGAUGCUAAGUAUUAUUAGUGAAAUUCAUGUUGGACUUCAAGAUGUAUCUCUUGAUCUUACUGAUUUUGAGAAAGCAAUUGCUGUUUCUUUGAAUCAUGACACUGUAAUGGAAUGUCUUCAAAAUGCUCAUUUUAUUGAAGGACAAGUGGUUCUUCUUAGAUCACACCUGCUUACAAGCAUAUUCCUGAUAUCGUCUUCUAAAGGGGAUGGAGUAAUAUUUAUAAGAGUAAUGGAUAAAGGUAUUCCCUCACUGGCGAGUCUUAUUCAGAAUUCAGUUAAUGGAAUCAAGGCCAAACUGAAUGAAACUCGUUUUCCAUAUAAUCCACCUUCCUUCAGUUUGAGCAGUAUAGAAAACACAUUUGCUCAACGAGAAAUGUUGCCAAACAAAUGUUUUCCCAGAAUGAGAAAACAUGUAUUCAAAAUUAAUGAUGGUAUUUGCUGCACUCUUAUCAAGCUGAAAUCACUAUUUGAAACGGUCGAAACUAUCGAGAGUGAAUAUGGAAUGGAGGUUCUUCAAGAAGCAGUGUCAAAUCUCACUCAGGAACUCUAUAAAUGCUAUACUUCCUCUGCAGAUCUUGAAAAGCUUAUUCAAUUAUUGAACCGCAAGAUUAAUACACAAACCUCUAUAGACGAGUCGCAGGAGAAUUUUGUAACAGCCCUUACCAGUGAUACAACAAGACCAGAGAUGGAAGAACUGGCUGAAGAUUCAGAUUACCAGGUUUUCAGUAAUGAUGUAAAUGAUGCUGACAAUGAAUGUGAGGCCGUCCGUUUCUAUAAACGAUUAAUGAAAAAUGAUGUUGAUUGGCUGGCUGAACUGAAGCAAUCCGACGAGUUCCAAAAAAGACAGAAUAAGUUUGGCACGGGAGCCCCUGUAACCUCAACCCCUGUUGACCAGCAUCCUCAAACUGAAAAACAUGAGACUACCCUUUCAGAGUCUGCUACAUCCUUGGAAGGGUUCAAGACCCCACCUCCUCGUCCACUGCCCUCAUCAUCCUUAUGUUCCUUGAACCUGUCACAGAUUAUGCUAAAACGUCCACCUCUGCCUGAAACGCCUGAGUUCAAAGAUUUCAGUUCUCCGGAGAUACAGCUUAUACCGACACAACCAAGUAUACCGACACCACCAAGUAUGCCUCUAACAAUUUUUGAGGGUGCUCCACCCCCAGCAGAGCCAUCACUACCACUGAUACCUUUAAGUUUUCUGGAGGAUUCUUCUCUAAAGGAUUCUCUUCAGUUCAAGACCCCACCUACUGGUCCACUGCCCUCAACAUCCUCAAGUUCUCCUAACUUAUCACAGAUUAUGCUAAAACAUCCACCUCCACCUGAAACGCCUGCUACUCCACUCUCGCCACUGUCAGAACCAUCACUGGUACGUCUAAGUUUACUGGAGGAUUCUUCACUCAAGGAUUCUCUUAAGAGUGCUUUGGAGAGAAUGGGUACACGUGAGGAGGAAAAUUAUGAGUAGAUAAAUGUGUUCUUUGUUAAUUAUCAAUUCUACUCGUUUAAUUUUGUUGUUCUUGUAAUUUAUUCUAUUUAUUGAGUUUUGAAAAGGAAAUAAAUGAGUGUUAAUUUC